GCUACGUCCGCUGCUGUCAAAAUUACUUGUUCACGCGUGUAUGUAGUACAUACGUACGUGUAUAAUUAGUAGUAAUAAAAUAGUAAAGUCAUCGCGUAAAUAAAGCAGCGGAUGCUACAUAAUAUUGGCUAUUUGAAGUAGCUUUACUGUUACGCUGUUACACAUAUUAAAUAUGCGGUGUAUUAACGAGUAAGAAAUCUUGGCGCAUAACGACGCUUUCGCACAUCUUUUACCUUGCGUAUGUACAGAACGAAAUGUAUCGUAAGCAUCGUUAUAAUGAAAAAUUAGAGAUAUCGAUAACGAUUCCAUUCUCAGCGAUUCUCUAAAGCUUUCAAAUAUGUUUUGAAAAAAAAGAUGCCAUCUGAAACAAAUGCUAUGGACAAUAUUUCCAAGCAAGAGGAGGAUACUGAGAAAUCUAACGAACAUUCUGUUACAUUAAUGACUUUAAAUUCUACGAGCGGCCAAGAAUCAAGCUUAUCUACGAAACAAAUAAAUGCCGAUGUAGCAAAUGUUUAUAAUGGCAAAGUGUCCACGUCGGAUCAUCAGAUCAGAAUUAAAAUCUUAAACUCAACCGGAGAUGGGCUUUCAUCUACUAGCUCCGUAACGACAAAUGAUUUACUCGAGAAUAUAUGUCUCCAAGAUAAAAUAACAGUUACAGAAACUAGUACAUCGAUAUUGUUUAAACAAACUGAGGAAGAUAACGAUGCAAAUACUACAUGCAACAGUAUAGCAGAAAACUCUAGUCAAAAGUCAAUUUUUCUCGCUCAUAAAAACUUAACUAGAAAGAAAUGCUUGUUAGCGGGAAAUAUUCCUGAAAUUUCCAACACUUUAGAACUAACAAUGUGCCCUGACAAUUUCUUAGAUGAAAAAGCUUAUAAUUGUGAAAAAGGUCACAGUAUUGAUAUAGAGAAAUAUGACCAUGAACCAAAUACAGGGAAUAUGUGUAAUAAUAAUGAUGAUAAUAGUGAUGAUGAUGAUGAUGUAGCAUCGAGUACUAGACACAAAGUAGUAGAAGAAACGACACUUUUGCAUACUUGUAAACAGUUGUCUUUAGAAGACGAUGUUUCCACUACAAAUUAUAACAGUUUAACAAAUAUCUUAUUAAGGACAUCUAGCGAUAAUAAUACGAAAGAUUCCAACAUUGAUUGUAACAUUGAUUUAUCAACGGAUGAAUUGACAUCUGUGCCUUUAGAUACAUCUAAAAAAUUAUCAAAUUUGCAAAGUGUUUCAUCAACCUUGGCAGAUUAUAACGACACAGAAAAUGAUGCAAAAGUAUCUUUAAAUCCAUUGGAGAAUAAUAAUAAGGACAAUGAAACUUUGGACAAUGUAAUUGAUGGAAAUGAAUCACCCAUCUCACCUAAACUUGUUUGUAAAGAAACAACAGUGUCGCAAAAAUGUAUUUCCUCGUGCUACAAUGAUUCUGCAAGCACAAGUAAGCCGUUUAAACUGCCAAUUUUAGAGAAAAUGCCCAAAACUGCCAAUAUUCAGCAAUCCGACGUCGAGGAAAAUGCAGUAGCGCUUGUGACGUCAUCAUUUACCGAACAAAAUCAGUUGGAAGUAGUUCAUUGUCUGGAUGUGGAACCUCGUUCGUCAAAUAGUAGCGAAGAAAGUAAUUCGGAUAUAGAGUCCCAACAUGCAAGUACAAGUCAUGAUAAUAUUAAAAAAAGACAAUGCAGACCUAAUGGGAUUGUAACGAAAGAAGGAGUGGAAUAUUAUCAGUUAUGGCGUAGUACGGGUGGUCAUUCGCCUCCUGAAUCUUUGUACGAAACUCUAUAUCCAAUGCCACCGCCGCUUCCACCAAGAGCAACCCACCGACCAUUACAUAGAAGUAAUGCAUUACCAAGUGGGGCACCAGAGUUACCGAAACGACCUCAGAGACAUCCUAUACCAUUUCAUCCUGAGGAUUGUUUUGGAUUUGAGAUUGUAGAUGUUGAUGAAGCUUCGAAUCUCAAGUUAAGGACAGCGGUUACAAAGAGUAUUGCCUUAUUGAGCUCUCCAAAGACACACAGACAACGAGAGAGGCCAGAAUCGGCACUGGCACAAUUGGAGUGCCCACCUACGCCGACGCAUCGACCCAAAUCUUUAUGUCCGUUGCCUGUAUGCCAAACAUCAAAUGUAUCUUUAUCAACCUCUGAAGAACCUCUGCCUCCGUCAUGGGAAGCAAGGAUAGAUAGCCAUGGUCGAGUAUUUUACAUAGAUCACAUUAAUCGUACUACAACGUGGCAAAGACCAAACUUGACAACACGUAACAUCGGCUGUGAUUUACGAAGACAACAGUUGGAUAGGCGUUAUCAAAGUGUACGACGAACAAUUUCACGCCCCGAUAACAUAGAUCGCGAAGUUAACAAUUCAAACGGCAAUUCCUUUGAGAAUACCGAACGGCAGAAUGAUUCUCGUACUGACAGGAGCGAAUGCGAGCCGUUUGACAUCGCCACAAUACCGCCAGUAUUAUUUUUAACACGACCCGAUUUUUUUACCGUGUUGCACACCAAUGCGGACGCUAUGGAACUAUACAAUCGUAAUCCAAGUUUAAAACAUAUGAUCAGCAGAGUUAGAAGAGAUCCGAUGGUUUUUCCAAGAUAUGAACACAAUAGGGAUUUAGUCGCCUUAAUUAAUUUCUUUGCCGAUCCAAGCAAAGAACUCCCAAGAGGAUACGAAUCAAAGCUUGAUAGGACGAGUAAAAGAUUUUUCAUCUGCCACGCUAGAAAAGCUACGUCUUUCAUCGAUCCACGGUUACCAACGGAAGCUGCUCAUGCACGCACGUUGUUAGACGAAGCUCCCGUUCCACCGCCUAGACCACAACAAGCAUCUGUAACUGCUACCCCCGAUAUACCUGUUGCCUACAACGACAAAGUAGUCGCUUUUCUACGUCAGCCUAAUAUAAUGGAUAUUCUAAAAGAAAGACAUUCCGCAUUAGGACAGAAUAUUGCGCUUCGUGAAAAAGUUAAUACUAUAAGAGUCGAAGGAACUGCAGCAUUGCAAAGAUGGGGCCACGAUGUUCCUUUAGCAUUAUUGCUAAGCUUGUUCGAACAAGAAAUAAUGUCGUACGUACCUGGUAGUAUGGGUAGAUCUCCACUUGGCAGUCCUCACGCAUCACCUGGACUGACAAGAGCUUCCGCUAGAGCUCCAGCGCCAUACAGAAGAGAUUUUGAAGCAAAGCUUCGAACGUUUUAUCGAAAAUUGGAAAGCAAGGGUUACGGACAAGGACCGGGUAAAUUAAAAUUACACAUCAGGAGAGAACAUUUACUCGAAGAUGCUUUCACGCGCAUAAUGGCCGCAUCGAAGAAGGAUUUGCAGAAAGGUAAACUAGUAAUUAUUUUUGAUCACGAAGAAGGGCUGGAUUAUGGCGGACCGUCCCGAGAGUUUUUCUUUCAUUUAUCGCGGGAAUUAUUCAAUCCUUAUUACGGAUUAUUUGAAUAUUCAGCCAACGAUACUUAUACGGUGCAGAUCUCGCCAAUGUCAGCUUUUGUGGAUAAUUAUCAUGAUUGGUUCAGAUUUUCCGGCAGAGUUUUGGGCUUAGCAUUAGUCCAUCAGUAUCUGCUCGAUGCAUUCUUCACGAGGCCGUUUUAUAAAGCGCUUUUAAGGAUACCGGCGAGUUUGAGUGAUUUGGAAAGUUUAGAUCAAGAGUUUCAUCAAAGUCUAAUGUGGAUCAAAGAAAAAGAUAUCAGUAUUGAACCGUUAGAAUUAACUUUUUCGGUAACGGAGGAACUUUUGGGACGAGUCGCUGAGCGCGAAUUGAAACCAGGUGGAAGGAACAUCGCAGUCACUGAAAAGAAUAAGAAGGAGUAUCUCGAGAGAGUAGUACGUUGGCGUCUUGAACGUGGCGUUGCGGAACAAACGGAAUCGCUGGUUCGUGGCUUUUACGAAGUAGUGGAUCCACGUUUAGUAUCUGUUUUCGAUGCUCGCGAAUUGGAGUUGGUUAUCGCGGGUGCUGCUGAAAUCGAUCUUAACGAUUGGCGAACGCAUACCGAAUACAGGAGCGGUUAUCAUGAUGCGCAUCCGGUAGUGGAGUGGUUCUGGAGCAGCAUAAGUCGAUUUACCAACGAGCAACGUUUAAGAUUAUUGCAAUUUGUUACUGGCACUUCGAGUAUACCUUACGAAGGAUUCGCGGCUUUGCGAGGAUCCACGGGACCGAGAAAAUUCUGCAUCGAGAAGUGGGGCCGGCCAAACAGUUUACCAAGGUAAAAGGUU